GCAGUUGGACUUCGGACACAGCCCCGGCCCCUUCUUUCUGGGAAAAGGUGCUCCGGCGUAAGACGCGAGGCGAAGCCUCCUCCCGGACCUUGGAGCGUUCCUGUUCUGGGCUCCCUUCCGGUCUUGUGGGCCCUGGUCGCACGGAGGAGGUCGCUUCCAGACAUUCUUUGCGACAUGCGCCGCAAGCAUGGGCCGAUCUUCAUGCUCAAGCUGGGCCCCUUGCGGCAAGUCUGGGUCGGCAGCCCGGAGUGGCUGAACAAGGUCUACGAAGCCGAGGGCUGUGCUGGCCGCCCGGCCUCUUUCAAGGACCCCUUCGGGAACUUCUUGUUCCUGGUGAAAGAUCCGAAGGAUGCUCAGCCCAUCCGCGAGAAGCAGAAGGCCUGGCUCGAGGAGAACCUUGAUGCCGCCGAGGUGGCAAAGGUUGCAGAGGCGGCCUUGGAGGAACACGUCUGGCCCGAGCUUGAUGCAGCAAGCCCUAGCAAG